AUGGCUAACCCUACAGUCUGUCACCCCAAUGCAUCGGUCUGCGAAGGUGCAUCGUGUGUGGUCUUGGAGGAAAAUGUCAAUGCCGUUCUCAGCACAGUCAUGAGUGCUGUUCUGACCACCCUGCUGGCCUUAGUCAUGUUCUCCAUGGGCUGCAAUGUGGAAAUUAAGAAAUUCCUAGGGCACAUAAAGCGGCCAUGGGGCAUCAUUAUUGGCUUCCUCUGUCAGUUUGGAAUCAUGCCCCUCAUGGGCUUCCUCCUGUCAGUGAUCUUUGGCAUCCUCCCCAUCCAGUCCGUGGUGGUGAUCAUCAUGGGCUGCUGUCCUGGAGGAGCAGCCUCCAAUAUCCUGGCCUAUUGGGUGGAUGGCGACAUGGACCUAAGCGUCAGCAUGACCACGUGCUCUACAUUGCUUGCCCUGGGAAUGAUGCCACUCUGCCUGUAUAUCUAUACCAAAAUGUGGGUCGACGCCGGGAGCAUCGUUAUUCCCUUUGAUAGCAUAGGUAUUUCUUUGGUCGCUCUUGUUAUUCCUGUUUCCAUUGGAAUGUUUGUGAACAACAAAUGGCCCCGGAUAGCAAAGAUCAUACUUAAAGUCGGGUCCAUUGCAGGUGUAGUUCUCAUCGUACUCAUCGCUGUAGUUGGAGGAGUAUUGUACCAAAGUGCCUGGAUCAUAGAACCCAAACUGUGGGUGAUAGGCACACUCUAUCCUAUAGCUGGUUACAUCCUGGGAUUUUUUCUAGCUAGAAUAGCUGGUCAACCCUGGAACAGGUGCCGAACGGUGGCUCUGGAAACAGGAAUGCAGAACAGCCAGCUGUGCUCUACCAUCGUGCAGCUCUCCUUCACCCCUGAGGAGCUCAACCUCGUGUUCACCUUCCCCCUCAUCUAUAGCAUCUUCCAGCUCACGUUUGCAGCAAUACUGUUAGGAGCUUAUUUUGCAUACAGGAAAUGUCAGAGGAAAAAUGAUGCGGAACUUCCAGAGAAAAAAGACAGCAAAAUACAGUCUGAGUCAUCCUCUUCUAAGAUAAAUGGAGCAUUUCAACCAGACUCCUAA